UUUUUUUUUUUUUAUGAAGUGAGAUUUACCUUGAUUUAGUAGUCUACCUGACGUUUUGCAGAUUUGCGAAUUACGGUGGAUUAGUUAUUUAAUAAAACAAACCUUUCACAAACAUUUCCUAGGUCAAAGGGCGAAAUGAGGUACGGGACUUUUACUUUGACAAUUCUAAAACCGGAAAUCUGAACAUACCAGCAUGUAGUAGGCGUGUCGUGUACACCCAUGUUUAUAGUUGUGUACUGCCGCGCUACAGCAGACAGACCUACUCGUGGGAAGACAUCCAAUGGUCUUUUGAGUGAUGAGUUCCCGGCGAAGAAUAAACAUGGAACCGGACGGACCCAGACUGGUUCCGCUGUCCGUUAAAAUGGAAGAGUCCACACCCGGUGUGUCUGUUCUCCUCCUCGUUAAAACAGAACCGGGUUCCACGCCGUCACUCGGCGCAGGGUGUGACGAUGGAACCCAAACAAACCAGCUGGCGGACUGCAGCAAGACAGAGGAAAUGCAUGGAGAGGUCAAACAAGAACCACCGUGGACUGAGGUCAAACAAGAACCACUGUGUGUUGAGGUCAAGCAAGAACCACUGUGUGUUGAGGUCAAACAAGAACCACCGUGGAGUGAUGGGGAACUUCAGAAUCAGGGUGUGUCAAAGAGAGAGUGGUUGAAACAGCAGAAAGACCAGUUGAACAGCCACAAGCGUGGAGGCAGCCUGCGCAAAAGACCUAGAGUGAGCUACGCAGAGGAAGAGGAGCCCAAAGAUGAAGAUCGCCUCUACUGUGAGGACUGUGAGUCUUUCUUUCUUGAUGAGUGUGGGGUCCAUGGUCCCCCUAACUUCAUCCCUGACACCCCAGCUCCUGUAGGGGUCCCAGACCGGGCCAGACUCACCCUGCCUCCCGGACUGGUGGUCAGAGAGUCCAACAUCCCAAACGCAGGUCUGGGGGUCUUCAACCAGGGCCAGACGGUGCCCAGAGGCGCACACUUUGGGCCCUAUGAGGGAGAGGUGACGGACAGGGACGAGGCCAUAGAGAGCGGAUACUCCUGGAUGAUAUACAAGAGCCGACAUGCAGAUGAGCACAUCGACGCAAAGAGAGAAACUCACUCCAACUGGAUGAGGUAUGUGAACUGCGCUUGUGACGGUGAGGAGCAGAACCUGGUGGCAUUUCAGUACAGAGGGGGGAUUGUGUAUCGCUGCUGUAAGCCCAUCGCCCCUGGAGAGGAGCUGCUGAUCUGGUAUGGAGAGGACUACGUCAGAGACCUGGGCAUCAGCUUCCACUGCCUGUGGGACAUCAAGAGUAGCGCCAAAGGAGAGAAGCCGUACCACUGCACUCAGUGUGGCAAGUGUUUCACUCAAAAGGGUACUCUCAAACUACACCAGCGCAUUCACACAGGAGAAAGGCCGUACCACUGCAUUCAGUGUGGCAUGAGUUUCACUCAAAAGGGUAGUCUCAAACUACACCAACGCCUUCACACAGGAGAGAGGCCAUUCCACUGCACUGAGUGUGGCGAGAGUUUCACUCGAGGGAGUGAUCUCAAACUACACCAGCGCAUUCACACAGGGGAGAUGCCGUUCCACUGCACGCAGUGUGGGAAGGAUUUUAAUUAUGUGGGAGAUCUUAAAAAGCAUCAGCGUAUUCACACAGGAGAGAAGCCGUACCACUGCACUCAGUGUGGCAAGACUUUUAAUCAAAAGGGAGAUCUUACACGACACCAGCGCAUUCACACUGGAGAGAGGCCGUACUACUGCACUCAGUGUGGGAAGGAUUUUAUUCAUGGGGGAGAUCUUAAAAAGCAUCAGCGUAUUCACACAGGAGAGAAGCCGUACCACUGCACUCAGUGUGGCAAGACUUUUAAUCAAGAAGGACAUCUAAAAAAACACAGGCACAGUCACACAGGAGAGAAGUCGCACCACUGCACUCAGUGUGGCAAGAGUUUCUCUCAAAAGGAUAGUCUCAAACUACACCAGCGCAUGCACACAGGAGAGAGGCCAUACAUCUGCACUGAGUGUGGCGAAACUUUCACUCGAGGGGAUCAUCUCAAACUACACCAGCGCAGUCACACAGGGGAGAAGCCGUACCACUGCACACAAUGUGGCAAAAGUUGCAGUCACUCCAGUGAUUUGAAGAAACAUGUACGCACUCACAAGAAAAAGAAACUUCAGUAACAGAUUGAGACAACAUGGACUGAAUUUGUAUAUUUGAAAACAGAUAUGUCGAAUAUUAUCUGCAUGUAUUUUCAGUGGAUUAUAGAGUUGGGUCAUUUUGUGUGAUCCAUUUUAUUGUUUUAUACUGAAAUCUCCAUCUGAUUUCAGCCAGGCUGUAGUAGUGGGGUGUAGUUUUCAAUCAACACCACCAGGGGUCAGUCAUAGGCAUUAGUCCGCAUUGACAAAGAGUGGUGAAGAAGACACUCAUCUGCCCUCAUCUCCUUAACUAGUGUGGAGAUUUGGGUUUUAAAAGACUGAAGGAUGAUGACUGUGGAUAGAAUACACAAUAUACAUAAUAUUAACACACAUAUACAUACACACAUACAUACAC